CGACUCACUGCUGCUGCUGCGUCGCACUGUAUCUCCUCCUCCUCCAGCCAUAACCGCGAUCAUUCUUCUUUCGUCGCCAACCUCGCGUGGCCUCGUGCUGAUAACCUGCCUGGUGGAACCACCCCAUCGGCUGUGCCUGGAGUGUGGAGGCUGGCAGUUCAGCUGCAAAUUCACGCGCGGAGGCGUUUUGUGCGUGGAAAGGGACUCGGGGAUUCGUUGAGCGGAUUUGGAAAUUCGUUGACGGUGCGCUGUGGGUUCUAGCUCGCGGGAGCGCUGUGGAUUUGUUCCGUGGACGUGUACGCCGUUUCUGUGCUCUGGGUCCUGUGCGGAGGCUUCAGAAUGUUCCUUUACGGAGGUUUUGAGCGGUGAUGAUGCGCUUCACUAGGCAGCUCCGUUGACGUGAAGGCGCGACGUUGGGAAUGAGACAUUUCCGCAUACGGCGACGACGAGGGCGAUCUGAUUAACAUCACGUGAGUGUUGGUAGUUCGCUGAGAUGGGGAAGGGACAGGAAAUGGCCAUGUGCGAUGUAGAGAAGGCGUCCGGAAGGGUUCUUUUGUCCGACUUGGGCGUGCCGAGGCAGAGGAAGUUAGUUUGCAUUGCGUUGUUUGUGGCCCUCCUCCCAUUUGCAAUCAUGCGGUCCUACCUGUUCUACACCAGUUCGAAUGUUCCUUCGGAAAACAACGGAUUCUUUCAAGGACAGCGAGCGCCGGAAUCUCUGAACUAUAAUCCCUCUGGGGAGGAUGUCUCAGAAUCGACCGAUGUCAUGGACUCUCCUAACGACAGCAGCAGCAGUACCCAAACUGACAACGACCCAACGGGGACUGGAAAUGAAGUGGAUGGAUCUGAACCCUCUAUUUCUGGAGGAAAAAAUAGCAAUUCGACUUCUGUAGAUGGAGAGGAUAAUGAAUCUGAGGCAAAAGAUUCGGGAAUGAAGAAUCCAAAUUUUGGCGAAAGUGAUUUCAAAUCCACGAACGCCUCUGCAAGCGGUACAGAGGAUGGAAACAAUGUAUCAAGCUCCAGCUUCUUGGAGGACUCAGGAGGGGAGCCUCCAGUGAACAACUCCACCGCAGUGUAUAACUCAACUGUUGAGGGGGAUACCUCAGUGAACGACACGAGAAGAGCUGACGAAUCCUCGAAGGAAGGAAAGACGGGUGAGAUUGUGAUGGAAGGAACACCGCCAACGCCGACAUCCCAUGACACUUCAUAUGGGCCAACUUCUCAAGGAGAGUGUAAUUUAGAGCAAGGGAAGUGGAUUCCAGAUUCUACGUCCCCACAAUACAAUAGUACCACUUGCAGGUUUAUUCAAGGUCAUCAAAACUGCCACAAGAAUGGGCGGCCAGACGACGGGUACCUGUACUGGAAGUGGAAACCUGAGCAAUGUGACCUGCCUAAAAUAGAUGCUCCAUCCUUUUUGACUGCCAUGCGCAACCGUUCCAUGGUGUUUGCGGGUGAUUCCAUCGCUCGUAACCAGUUCCAAUCUCUGCUUUGUGUUCUUGUUCAGGUGGAGGAUCCGAAAAAUACGUAUCACACCGAGGACGAUAGGUUCAAUACUUACCUCUUCCGAUCGUUCAAUUUUACACUAUCGAUACACUGGUCACCUUACCUUGUGCGUGUGGAGGACAAGUCGAUCACAUGGCCCGACAACACUACAGAGACAGUGAAGCAUAUCUAUGUUGAUGAGCUCGAUGAAGUUUGGGUGAAGGCAGCUGUUGGAGUUGACAUUCUACAUAUCUCUACAGGUCAAUGGUGGUACAAGAAAGCCAUGUAUUUUGAGAAGGGAAAUUUAUUGGGUUGCCAUGGACUGCCGGCUUGUAAAAAUGAAAUCGGGUUCGAUCCGCCUUACAACAAAGCAAUAGCUAACAUUCUGAAGGGAAGCCUGACGAUUCCUGGAUUUUCCGGCACCACUGUUUAUCGAUCGUUCACUCCUGAACAUUUCGAGGAUGGAGAUUGGGACAGUGGCGGCAGAUGCCCUCGUACCACUCCCGGAGGUGUACCCAUGAGCUUUUUGACGAAAUGGAUGUAUGACAUUCAGAUGAGGCAGUUCAAGAACACCACAGAGGAGCUUGGGGUGGUGGCCAAGGAUCGGUUGAAGCUGUUGAGAAUAACCCAUCUUUCACAAAUGCGACCUGAUGGACAUCCAAACUCGUACCGGACCAAAGACGACAAGGCAAAAGACAAAAGAGGCAACAUUAUUCCGAACGAUUGCCUUCACUGGUGUCUCCCAGGUCCUAUCGACACUUGGAAUGACAUGCUCGUGCACUCUCUCCGAGACGUUAUCUUCAAGUGAGACACUCCCCCAAGGGUGUAGAACGAUCUAGUAUUGAGCACAUCCUAAAAUGCUCCUAAGGGUGGCUGUGGUGGCACUAACUAGGGUUGAUUAAUGAAAGCUGAUAAACGUACCUGCGCGUGGCCUCGGAACAGGUGCAUCAGCAUUUUGAUCGUCUCACAAAUUGCUGGAUGCUAGUAAGGCUUAGUAUCCAUCCGGGUCCUACGAUUAAGAUUCAAAGACGGGUAGUCAGAUUUGAAGCAUGCCAUCACAGGGCGGAAAAACAGUACCAUGUAGUUCAAGGAAUCAAGCCAGGAAUUUCAGCAGUCAUCUCAGUGGUCGAGCAGACGAUGAGCUAUGAGAAUACUAAGUCACCCGGAGAUUCAACUGGAGGAUUCUUCACAUGAAUUGUUAGUUGAGGGAAGUGCUGAGGUUUAGGCGAUUUUGGAGUGUCAUGGCAUGCUAAUUCAUACAGAAUGACGAAACCUACAGAAGUGGGUUUGGGUUGUUCCUGAAAUUUAUGUAAUAUAGGAAGACCUUCAAGUCGACUAGGCUACUUUCUCAAUUACUUGUCUGGGUAACUCUGCAGCAAGCGAUUUCUGUAACCAAAUACUGCAACUGCUUGGAGUCUCAGAACCUAAACCCUAAACCAAAUAAGCAACUUUAGGGUACGUUUUUGCCUGGGGCAGAACACAUUUGUGGUAGAAGGAACGAUAUCCAGCGUUUGAUACAUGUACCCAAAUGUAUAAGCAAUUAGUAGUCAGUCAAGUCAUUAUUCCUCUCUUUUUCUUUUUCUUUUUUUUUGAAACAAAUGGGAAAACCAAUUGUAUUGAUAUAUGAGGAGGUAGAGCAAAGUCUGAGACCCAACUAACUACCUAUUAUACUAUGUAGGUGGGAUCAAUAGGCUAAUAAAUUGGGAGAAAUAUUCAGCUUA